UACGCAAUGAUGUUUUUGUUCCUUCAGGCCAUCCUCGAUAUACCCGCCACCGUAAUAAAAGGGCGCUGGCGCAGCACAGACCAAGGUAAAGCUCACUGCGCCUUCCUGGAUCACCACUCACUUGCAAGAACCAAGAAAGCCACGAUGAAGAAACUGGUGCUCAUAUUGGUCGUCGUUCUUCUCUGCGAAGUGGCGCUCAUGGAGGCGGCACGAAGUGCUUCCGGAAGAGGCGGCAGUAGAAGGCCACCAGUGAAGUGUAAUGGCAAGAUCUGUGCGCCGGAUGAGUUCUGCGAGGAUUGGGAAAUACAGCCCCCUGCCUGUCUCAAGAAAAAUCAGUAUCGCCGAUGAAAAAAGGCUUCUGCAUAUUAAGAAAAAUCAAGGCUGAAAGAACCUGCAGCAAGGGAAACGAAUUGGGAGAGCAUGAGCAACAUCAACUUGUUGACGAUUGAAUAAAGUUUCAUGUUAUCCCGCACA